GCCGCUGAAACAAACCCGGGAAAAUGUCGUGUUGUGCAGUGGGUUGCCAGAAUCGAAAAUCUGUAAACAAAGGUCUGAGGUUUUACCGAAUACCAUCAACUCACACUCCUUUUAACGCCAACCGCAGACGUCUUUGGUUACAAGCCCUCAGAAGAAUCGACUGGAACGACAACCUAAUUAAAAACGCCCGACUCUGCAGUUCUCACUUCAUAUCAGGAGAGGUGUCCAUGGACUUCAGUAGUCCUGACUUUGUCCCGUCUGUUUUUUCCUACUCAACCCAGUGUGAAGCAAACAAAGGCGAUGCAAAACUUGAGAGAUUUAAGAGGAAAAGAACAAGAGAGGAAACCACACACAGACCAACAGAUCACAUCCACCUGUCCACAGAAGUUACAGAUGAGGUUGCAUCCGAAUCCUCUGCCGCUUGCCUGUCCUCAGAUGACUGCAGAAUGGAGCCUGGUGCUGGUCCUUUCAUCGAAGCCACAGUCCCGAAGGUUCUCCAUGAUGAGCUGAAACUCAAGUACAGCCAACUUUCUGCAGAGUGUGUCAACCUGCGUUCAGAGAUCAACAAACUGAAAUCAGAGAAGGAGGAACUAAAGGAAACACUCAGAAAAACACAGUUUUCCUUUAGCUCUAUCAAGAGCAAAGCGGUGCAUGUUCUGUUUUUCACAGGUCUGACCAGUGUCAUUUUUGAGUGGUUGAUUCAGAAACUUAAAGGCAGUGUAGAGGUUGUGCGUAGCUCUAUGAACCUAGAGGACCAUCUAUUAGUUACCCUAAUGAAACUAAGAUUAGGACUCAGCAACAAGGAUAUUGCUUUUAGAUUUAAUGUCACAGAAUGUGACGUCUCGAAAAUUUUGAAAAGUUGGGGCGGGCGUGUUUCCGAUAAACAAAUUACAGCAGAGUCUGGAUUUUAUGACCUUCUAGAGCAUAAUGAUGAGAUUCUAGCAGAUCGUGGUUUUACCAUCAGAGAUGAGCUUGCCACACGCGGUGCCACCCUUAAGAUCCCUCACUUUACCAAAGGUGGUGGUGACCGCAACAAAACAGAGAAGGAUCACUGA